ACACAUACACGCAUAUGACGCCCCACCCUCUUUCUCUCUCGUCGUCCUCUGCUUAACAACACAACACCACCGUCUGGCCUGCUUCUCUCAUUUCCUUGCUCUCUCUCUCUCUCUCUCUGUCUCUAGGGUUUUUUUUUUUAUUUGGGCUCUCGUUACCAUCUUUAAGUUCCACGUAAAAGCAAAGGCACAGGCACGCACUUCCAUAUAUAGAUAUCUUUGUAUAUGUAAGUGCUGGCUUUCAUGGCAGCAGCACCAGUGAAGCCACAGCCGCUGCAUAACUUCCCGCUCUCCCUCAAAUGGGGCCAGACCACCGCACUCUCUGCCCCCAGUAACCACCACCACCAUCGAAGUACUAAUAGCAGCCGUCCCACGUCCGCACUUGCACCUGACCCUGAGACUGAAUCUGACCCGGAACAAACAACAAUCCGGCAUCCUCCCCGGGUCGGAUCCCGCUCUGCUCGUGUCCAUCGCUUCUCCUUUACGUCUUGCUCCUCUCUCUUGCCAAAACCAAAAAAUUCAUCCACGGAAAAUCCGCAGAAACAAAUAACGGUUUUGGGAGCGGAAGUCGCUGAAAAGCCGCAGACGCAAUUCACCGUUUUGGAAAACAACAACGGAGCUGACGCUGAAGAAGAGGAAGAGGAGGAGGAGGAGAAACAAAAGCAAGAAGAGGAAGAAGGCAAUUCGAGGCCGUGGAAAUUGAGGCCAAGAAAAGGGAUUUUGGCAGCUAAGAAUGGAGGGGAAUUGAAAGAAGCGGUGAUGAUGCAUGUAAAUGAGCAGAGAGAGAGGGAGAAUACGCCGCAGCUUCAGCCGAAAUCGAUGAGAUUGAGGGGAUUGGUAGAGUCUACAGGAGGAGGCGGGGGGGUUUGCUUGGAAAAGAAGGAGAAGAGGAAGUUUUGGAUAGCUCUGUCGAGAGAAGAGAUUGAAGAGGAUAUUUUCGCUUUGACUGGGUCGAGACCUGCCAGGAGGCCCAGGAAACGACCCAAGAACGUGCAGAAAUUGCUUGAUAAUGUUUUUCCUGGGUUGUGGUUGGUGGGAACUACAGCUGAUUCUUAUAGAGUUGCCGAUCCUCCGGUGAAGAGGUAAAUACUAUUAUGGAUCAUCAGAUAUUUGAGGUUUUUCUGGAACGUUUGAAGUGCUACUCCCACAUUGCUGAGGUCUCAAUUUGAGGUAUUAUCAGCAAGUUCUGUAAAAAUGCAGAGGAGGUAAUCCAAAUAGAAGGAAGAAAAGUGACAAAUUGAUAUCAAAAUUCUCAUGUAAUCAUUUAGUAUUGCACUAUUGCUCUUUGGGUUAUGAUGCAGGGGCAUGGUUUAGUCCGUUUUACUUUCAGUGGUAAUUUUAAGAUGUAAAACAUUGACACAAAGACAGGUGAUAGACAAUUUAAUUGUUUUCAUUUUAGCUUGGUGAAAAAGGAACCAUGUUGCCAACCCCAACUAAUUUGGAAUCAAGGCUUAUUUGUUGUUGUUGUUGUAA